GGCUGGCCGGCUGUGGAGCUUCGGGGAGGAGCUAUGGGCUGCCAGGAGAAAUCUUGCAGCUCUCACUGCAAACCGAGGAGAUGGAUCCCUCCCUGGACCUGUAUGAAACCCCGGGGGACCAGCUGGACGCCUUCCUAAAGCAAAACCUUCAGCCCCAGGAGGACUGGAAGGAAGAAGUGCAGGAUGCCUGGAAGAGAAUGGAGCGGUUCUUUCGGGAUCAGUGCUUCCAGGAUGAGUUGGUUCUGGGCCAGGAAGUCACGGUGCUGAAGGUGGUGAAGGGUGGCUCCUCUGGAAAAGGGACAACUCUGAACCACAGCUCUGACCUGGACAUGAUUCUGUUCCUAAACUGCUUCUAUGACUUCCUGACCCAGUCACUGUUCCGAAAAUACGUUAUUGACUUCAUUGAGGAGAAAUUGGAUCGCUGUAGCAGAAGCCUGGCCUACAAUGUCACAGUGAUCCAACGCAGAGAGGGAAACAGAAACCCUCGCUCCCUGACAUUACAGAUCCAGCCCAGGAAGAGCAGUGAAGUCAUUCGGAUGGAUGUGCUUCCAGCUUUUGAUGCUCUGGGAUCCUUUUGCCCGGACACUAAACCAAAGCCAGAAAUCUAUGAAUAUUUAUUAAGUACCUUUAGCUCCCCUGGGGAGUUCUCACCAAGCUUCACUCAGUUGCAGAGACACUUUGUGAAAAGUCGCCCUUUUAAACUGAAGAAUCUCCUAAGGCUGGUGAAGUUCUGGUACCUGAAGCACGUGAAAGGUAAAUACCGAGGAGUAGCAUUGCCUUCAAAAUAUGCACUGGAGCUACUGACUAUUUAUGCCUGGGAAGUGGGUACAGAUGAAAAUGAGGACUUCAACAUGGAUGAAGGACUUGUGGCUGUAAUGAAACUCCUCAGAGAUUACAAAGAUAUCUGCAUUUACUGGACCAAGUACUACGAUUUCCAAAAUGUGGCGGUCAGAAACUUUAUCAAACAACAGUUGAAGAAGAGCAGGCCCAUUAUCCUAGACCCAGCUGACCCCACCAACAACCUGGGAAGGGGAAAAGGAUGGGACGUGGUGGCCAAAGAGGCUGUUCACUGUCUGCGGCAGGCCUGCUGCAGGACUGACGACCCCAGCCGGGACUGGCACGUCCAGAGAGCAAGAGAUGUCCAGGUGACGGUGAAACAGACAGGCAAGGAGUCCUGGACACUCUCAGUGAACCCGUACAGCCCCAUCUGGAAGAUGAAAGCAGAGAUCAAGAGGACAAAUAAGACAAAUCGCCCCAAUAGUCAGUAUCGUCUCUCCUUCCAAGAGCCAGGGGGGGAGAGGCUACUGCUCAGCAGCCAGCAGACCCUGGCGGAUUAUGGGAUCUUCUCUAAGGUGAACAUUCGUGUGCUGGAGACCGUCCCUCCCGAGAUCCAGGUCUUUGUGAAGGAUACUAGUGGCCAGAGCAGACCCUACGCCAUCCACCCUGAUGACUCCAUCCGUGAUUUGAAAGAGAAAAUUGAGGAUGCUGGAGGACCUUAUGUGGAGGAUCAAAUCCUGAAGUUCCAGGGUCGGACACUGGGGAACCGCCGCAGCCUCGCAGACUUGGAUAUAGAAGAUUGUGACACCAUCAAGCUCAUUAAGAGAAUCUGAAAGGCCCUAGGACGGCGCGUGGUCAGGCUACUCAUUAUGUAGACUCCUAUGGUCCUUUUCCCUCAUCCCAUCCCUUUUUACCCAGACACUCUGCUCUUUCUGAAGCCUAAAUAUGAAUACGGGCAUAGACCUCUCCUGCUUAACUUCCUCCAGUGUCUCCCCAUUGCCUACAGAGUGGAGUUCAAGUUCCUUUGCCUGGCAUGCAGGGUCCUUGACCUUACCCCUUGCUUUACCCCUCUAUUUCCCUUCACUGCUCAAAACACACCAGAUGUUCCCAAACACUUGCCAUUCCAGAACACUACCUGCCACCUCGUAACUCCAUCACGUGGAGGCAGCUCUCCCACUCCCCUGUCCUCAUCGUCAGUGCUCACGCUUCUAGGUUACUGAAGGAAUCUCAGCCUGUGGAUCUCAGUGGUCUGAGGACCAGGACCAGCAUCCCUCGGGAACUUGAUUAGACAGGAAAGCUCACGGCAACUCUCUGCAUUUGACCUGAGUCAGAUUCUCAGGCGGUGAAGCUCCUCAGUCAGCAUCUUACAAGCCUUCCAAGAGGCACGCUGCAGUUUGGGAACCACUGAUACCUGUCCCAUACAGCUGGCCGUGGCAUCUCCUGCCCUCACCUCCUCCCUUCACCCAGAUCAGACUUCUGUGAAAGUACCUGGGCCCCUCUUUGUGUUCCUUCACCUAGCACCCUGAACUCGUGAAACCUGAAAAACUGUGCUUUAUUCCUUGUGCCCUGUAGUGUGCAAUGCCACCUCCCCAGUGCAAACAUUUGGCACAUGCUUGCUGAAUAAAGGAACAAGUCAAUGAAUGGGUUUGAAUCCUUCACUACUGUCUUUAUGAGGGUCUCAGUACAAUGCCAUCUUGGAGCCUACAUUGUAUGGGGUACCCCGUAGC